AUGAUUGCCGAAUUCAUAGCCUCCAUUAUCGCCAAAUCUUGCUAUACUCAUGAACAACAAAUGCAAUUCGCAGCCGCAGGGGCUAUCCAACCUCUCGUCAACCUUUUGCAUUCAGGCUGUAUUAAGGCACAAGAAGCAGCACUGGAUGCCAUGGCCACUCUGUGCAGAGAUAACAGCGAACUGGCUUAUACUAUUAUUAGCUCUAAAUCGAUCGAUUCCAAUCAGUUAACCACGGCAACCAUGCUCGAUUUUGUAAAAGACAAGAGCGUCAACGUAAGACUGAUUGCAGCAACAUGCUUGACCAACCUUUAUCGAACGGGAGUGUUUUGGGAACCUUUCAAUGAAAUUACACUUGUGGUAUUACCGGCGCUUGUGAAAUUGUUGGAAGAUACCACAGGCGAUCUCCAAGAAAGGGCUCCUCUGGUGCUGGCAGAUUUAAUCAAGGACAGUGAAGAUAUGCAGAAAGCAGCGUAUGACGCAGACGCCAUUCCACGAUUGGUCGAAUUGCUUGCCAGCGUAUCAUGCAAAGACGCGGAUGGGGAUGCUGAUUUGAAACUUGGUGUGCCUGGAAUGGGAAGUAUGGCUAGGCGUAAAGAAAAGAUCAAAGAGAAUUCGCUCAUUGCACUGGCUGCGGCAACGCUCCUGAAAGAAGAGUGUCGGUCACAGGCAAUUGAAUCCAAAGUGCUGCCACACAUGGUUUCGGCAUUGCAAGCAAAACAGCCCAACGUCCGCUUAGCCGCUUGUCAAUGUGCGAAAUCGCUUUCACGGAGUGUGAGCAACCUGCGCACCAGUCUUGUCGACGCAGGUGCGGCUUCUCCUCUUAUCAAACUAUUGCAAGAUGAAUCGCUUGUAGUACAAGCUGCUGCUUGUGGCGCUCUAUGUAACUUGGCACUCGAUUUUUCGCCCAUGAAAAAGAGUGUCAUUGAUGCGGGAGCGGUGGAACGAUUUGUCGAAUAUUCUCGAUCGACGGACCCUGAACUCCAAUUGAAUGGUGUCUGGGCAUUGAAUAGUUUACUCUACAAGGCCGAUUUGCAGGCAAAGCAGGCUGUCAUGAGAGUAUUAACGUACGAUGCUCUGGUUCAGUUAUUGCAUGAUCCCAAUCCGGCGAUCCAGGAACAAUGUCUUGAAAUUGUACGGAACUUGGCAUGCGGGCAACAAGAGGAUAUCAAAGAAGUGAUCGACGGCAUUGGCAAAGAAACUCUUUUAGAUGUGAUUGAAAACAAACUUCAAGUGACGUCCAACAUGGGCAUAGAGGAUGAUGAAAGCGUAACUGAGGCAGCAGUAACGUAUCAUGACUGA